AUGAGUACAUCAAAGGCUCUCAAUACUCCUACAGGUGUUACUAAUCAUUUGUCUACAUUCGCACCUUAUUCUGAAGUUGAGAAGUUAUACAUGUCUCAUGUACCGUAUGCUAGUCCGGUGGGCAGUUUAAUGUAUGUCAUGGUAUGCACUAGACCUGAUAUUGCGUAUUCAGUUAAUGUUGUUAACAUGUUUAUGUCUCGACCUGGUAAGAAACACUGGCAAUCGGUAAAGAGAAUAUUUCACUAUCUGAGAGGCACAUCCGAUGUUGGUCACAUUUAUGGGAGUAAUAACCAGUGUAUCGUAAUUGGUUAUUCGAACUCAGACUAUGCUGCAGAUAUCGAUAGUAGAAGAUCAAUGACUGGUUAUGUUUACACCCUUGGUGACUCUGUGGUUAGUUGGAAGACAACAUUACAAUCGACUGUGACGUUGUCCACUACAGAGGGUGAGUAUAUGGCGCUAACAGAAGCAGCCAAGGAGGGUAUAUGA